AUGAACCCUGUUGAUCCUGAAGAAUUCAGGAAACAAGGUCACAUGAUAGUUGAUUUUCUUGCUGACUACUACACCAAAGUUUCAAACUUUCCGGUUCGAAGCCAAGUCGAACCGAACUACCUUCGAAAACACUUGCCAGAUUCAGCCCCAUUAGUCCCCGAACCAAUCGAAUCGAUUCUUGAAGAUGUUCAAGAACACAUCAUACCCGGAAUCACACACUGGAUGAGCCCUAAUUACUAUGCCUAUUUUCCAAGUAGCGGAAGCGUAGCUGGAUUCAUGGGCGAGAUGCUUAGUUCCGGACUCAAUGUGGUUGGAUUCAAUUGGAUUUCAUCACCAGCAGCUACUGAGCUUGAAACCAUUGUUAUGGAUUGGCUUGGCGAAGUUCUAAAGCUUCCACAACAAUUCCUUUACAAAAGUAGUAAUAAUAAUGGUGGUGGGGUUUUGUUAGGGACCACUUGUGAAGCUGUGUUGUGUACACUUGUGGCUGCAAGGGACAAGAAGCUUCGCCAAAUUGGGAGGGACAACAUAGGGAAGCUUGUUGUUUAUGGUUCUGAUCAAACACAUAGUUCAUUUGGAAAGGCAGCACAAAUUGCUGGUAAGGGUAUUCAAAAUGUUAGGGCCAUCAAGACUAAGAGAUCAAAUUCAUUUGCUUUGAAAGCUGACUCACUCCUUUCAACCAUUCAUUCUGAUGUGAAAAAUGGGUUAAUACCUAUUUAUUUAUGUGCCACCGUGGGAACAACCGCCACAACAUCUAUUGAUCCAUUAAUGGAAUUAUGUGAUGUGGCAAAAGAAUAUGAAAUUUGGGUCCAUGUUGAUGCUGCCUAUGCUGGAUCAGCUUGCAUUUGUCCUGAAUUUAGGUCUUGUAUUGAUGGUAUUGAAGGUGCUAAUUCUUUUAGCUUCAAUGCCCAUAAAUGGUUCUUGACCAAUUUAGCAUGUUGUUGCCUUUGGGUAAAAGACCAUAAUGCCCUUACAAAAUCCCUCUCAACUAACCCUGAAUUCUUGAGGAACAAGGCUUCUGAGUCAAAGCAAGUGAUUGACUACAAAGAUUGGCAAAUAACUUUGAGUAGGAAAUUCAAUGCACUCAAACUAUGGCUUGUUCUUAGAAGCUAUGGUGUUGAAAACCUAAGGAAUUUCUUGAGGAGUCAUGUGAAUAUGGCAAUGACUUUUGAAGGGUUAGUGAAAUUGGAUAAGAGGUUUGAAAUUGUUGUUCCUAGGAAAUUCUCAUUGGUUUGCUUUAGGGUUUCACCAUAUAAUAAUAAUAAUUGGGAUGAUAAUUACCAUAAUGGACAUGAUGACUAUGGGAAAUUAGUGAAUGAUGAUUAUUUAGUGAAUGAAUUGAAUAGAAAAUUGUUGGAAUCAAUCAACAAUUCAGGGAAAGUGUACAUGACUCAUGGUGAAGUUGAAGGUGCUUUUAUGAUUAGAUUUGCAAUUGGUGCUACCUUAACUGAGGAACAUCAUGUGAUCAUGGCAUGGAAGUUGAUUCAAGAGCAUGCAGAUUCUUUACUAGGUUCCUCAUAA